UGCUGUAUCUACUGUCUGUACUCCUCGAAUUGUUUGGAAUGUUCGGGGUAACUUCUUAAAGCAUUUUUCUGAUAAGAAAUAUUCCUAGACAGGUUGAGCUGUCCUGUGGAAAGCCCUCAUUUCACCUGGCCCCCGGCAUGGGGCGCCCAGCUUCCCCAUGGCGGGACACCUGACUUCACGCCAUGGCCUGGGAGGGCCGGAGUCAGGCUGGGUGGACCACGGAGCCUGGCUGAGCUUCCAAGGCCCUCCCGGUGGGCCCGCCAUCAGGUCGCGAGUUGGGCCGGGCUCGGACUGUGGGGGCUUCCCCGGUGUCUCCCGCUGUAGGAAUUCUGCAGAGCCAUGGCGCACUGCACACCACAGCUCUCAUCCUGAGGGUGAGGCCGGGCCCCGCGUGGGGAGCAUCUCCGAGGGGACCUCCCAGGAGCGCGCUGCCCCACAUGGUGCCGUGAAGAUCGAAAAUGAGAAUCUGGAGCAAAUCCCUGAGGAGCCCCAGGGCAUCAAAGCUCUCCAGAAAGAACUGGAGCAGUUUACCGAGCUUCGGAAGCAGAAAAGCAUCAUCCUGGGGGUACACUCAGGCCGACGAGGGCUCACCCUGGGAGUUCUCUUUGGAAAGGUGUUCAGCCGAAUGACCAUCUGCCGAUUUGAGGCCCUGCAGCCCAGCUUCAAGAACAUGUGUAAGCUGCGGCCCUUGCUGCAGAAGUGGGUGGAGGAAGCGGACAACAGCGAGAAGAUUGAGGAGAUUCGCAAAGUUGAGACCCUGGUGCAGGCUGGGAAGAGAAAGCAAAGGAGUAUUGAAAACCGAGAGGCAACUUGGAGAGCAUGUUCCUGCAGUGUGAAACCCUCGCCGCAGCAGAUGAGCCACAUCGCCCAGCAGCUGGGGCUUGAGAAGGACGUGGUCCCCGUGUGGUUCUGGAACCGACGCCAGAAGGGCGAGCGAUCAAGCAGUGACUGUUCCCAACGAGAGGAGUUUGAGGCUGCCAGAUCUCCCUCCCCAGGGGCACCUGUCUCUUUUCCUCUGGCUCCGGGGCCCCACUUUGGUACCCCAGGCUAUGGCAGCCCUCACUUCACCAUGUUGUACUCCUCGGUCCCUUUUCCUGAAGGGGAAGCCUUCCCUGCAGUGCCUGUCGCUGCUCUGGGCUCUCCCAUGCGUUCACUGAGCCGCCUGCCCUUCUCUCCCAGGAAUGGGGUGGGGCAGAGGUCAGGGGAGAUGCUAGGGAAGGAGCACCUGGAGUCUGCAGCUGGGACUUUGGGGAUCCCAAGUCCUUCACUCAGCGCGGGGACGCAGCCACCGCCGCCCGCGCGCUCUCUUCCCUGCCUGAGGUUUGUGCCAGUGCGAGCGCCAGCCCGGAGCCCGCUGCAAGACUUUUGGGCGCUCGAGCUCCGAUCGCCGCGGUCGGCAGAGGAGCCCCGGCGAGAAGGGCCCUGCCUCCGCCUCGCCCUCGGCGCGCGCGCGGCGCCCCGCGCAGGCAAGAAGAGAAGGAGGCAGGCGGAGCAGAGGGCCCCCCGAGGAGGCGCGCAGCGGUCGGCCCGCCCGUGGAUGCGGCGCUCCGGGAACCUGGAGAACAACUUUGCCGCGUGA